GAAAAGAUCACCUUAGAGAAACUUUAGUAGCAUACAAAUAUAUCCACAUAAUAUAAUAUGACUGAUCAUAUAGUGAGCAAGGCACAGGCUGUGUUGCCCAACAUUCCACUCAAUGUGGUUUCUCAAGGAGCUGAGGCCUUGGUGUUUCAAACAUCUGUCCAUCCAUACUGCUCGAAACCUGCUGGAUUCAAGCAUCAAGACUCGUUUGUGAUCAAAUAUAGACCCAACAAACCAUAUAGACAUCCCAAGAUUGAUAAGCAAAUCACCCGUAACAGAACGGUGGCUGAGGCCAAGUUCAUGAGCAAGUUGACCAAGCUUGCCAUUCCUGCGCCUAGACUUAUUGCGGUGGACCCACUGCAUGGGGUCAUAUGGAUGGAAUUUGUAGGCGAAACUCUCACCAAUGGGAAUGUUAGUUCAUUGAAAAACUGGCUUUGGUCAUUGGAAAAGCAAGAGAAUUCUGCCGAAGUUUGUGUUGGUCAAGAUGUUGAACGAGUGUUCAAUAAUAUCGGAGGAUUGAUUGCCAAAUUACACAUGAAUGAAAUGAUUCACGGGGAUUUAACCUCAUCCAACAUCAUGUUGGAACGGGUCGAGGAGGAGUAUAAGGCUGUGUUGAUCGAUUUUGGAUUGUCGUCGUAUUCUGGACUUCCUGAAGAUAAAGCCGUCGAUUUGUAUGUACUUGAAAGAGCUGUGUUGAGUACACAUUCUGUCCACCUGGAUCUCUACAAUGAUUGGCUUUUGAAAGGGUAUCUGGACAUGCAUCACUCAAAGGAGUUUAAAUCCAAACAAGGAACGAAGAAAUUGGUUGAAACUAUAAAACGAUUAGAAGAUGUAAGAUUAAGAGGUAGAAAGAGAAGUAUGUUGGGAUAAAUAGAGUAAUAGAUUAUAAAGAGAGGAUGAUGAA